GUCGCACCUGUUGAGUCCCUCUGCGGCUCCCGUCCCAGACGAUUCCACUCCCGGAAGCUACAUAUUCAGUCCCACUCCGGCUCCUGUCGUGAGCGAUUUCCCUCCCGGAAGCGACCUAUUUAGUCCUACUUCGGCUUCCGUCACAGCUGAUUUACUUCCGCGAAGCUGCCCCGUCUGACGCGUCUUCAGACCCUCUCCGGCUUCCGUCCAGGUGAUCCCUCCCCGCAGCAGCCGCCGCCUCCUCCUCCGUCAGCCGGGGCUGGAGCCGCCUCCCGGGCCAGUGGCGUCGCCGGAUUUGGGGGCGCUGGUCCGAGCGGGGGGCCAUGGAGAAAGCGGCCCGGGGGCCUCUGCACAGACAGUAGCUGCAGGCGCCAUGGACCGAGCCCCCGCAGACCAGAAUGUCAAGCUGUCAGCUGAGGUAGAACCUUUUAUACCUCAAAAGAAGAAUCCUGAUACAUUUAUGAUCCCUAUGGCACUCCCAAAUGAAAAUGGAAAUGUUUCUGGUGUAGAACCAACUCCAAUUCCCAGCUACUUGAUUACUUGUUAUCCAUUUGUGCAAGAAAAUCAGUCUAAUAGGCAGUUUCCUUUAUACAAUAAUGAUAUACGAUGGCAGCAGCCCAACCCAAACCCUGCUGGACCAUACCUAGCCUACCCCAUUCUGUCUGCUCAGCCCCCUGUUUCUACGGAAUAUGCAUAUUAUCAGCUGAUGCCAGCUCCAUGUGCUCAGGUUAUGGGCUUCUAUCAUCCUUUUCCUACACCUUACUCCAACACCUUUCAGGCUACAAAUACUGUAAAUUCUUUAACCACAGAGUGCACUGAGCGUCCAAAUCAGCUUGGACAAGUCUUUCCAUUGUCUAGUCAUCGAAGCAGAAACAGUAACAGAGGGCCAGUGGUACCAAAGCAACAGCUUUUACAGCAGCACAUCAAAAGCAAAAGACCACUGGUGAAAAAUGUAGCUACUCAGAAAGAGACAAAUGCGGCAGGUCCCGAUAAUCCAUCAAAAAUCGUGCUUCUAGUUGAUGCAUCACAGCAAACAGAUUUCCCAUCAGACAUUGCUAACAAAUCUCUCUCCGAGAGCUCAGGCACAAUGCUCUGGAAGUCUAAAGGCAGGCGGAGAAGGACUUCUCACCCUGCUGCUGAGUCCUCGAGCGAACAGGGGGCUAGUGAAGCCGACAUUGACAGCGACAGUGGCUACUGCAGCCCCAAGCACAGCAACAACCAACCUGCAGGCGUGGGUUUGAGAAACCCUGAUGGCAGCACAAUGAAUCAUGUGGACUCAUCUAUAUGUACAGGUGGAGUAAAUUGGUCUAAUGUAACUUGCCAGGCAACCCAGAAAAAACCAUGGAUGGAAAAAAAUCAGGCAUUUUCAAGAGGUGGAAGACAGACCGAACAAAGAAAUAAUUCACAGGCUGGAUUCAGAUGCCGCGGACAUAGCACUUCCUCAGAGAGAAGACAAAAUUUGCAAAAGAGACAAGAUAAUAAGCAAUUAAAUUCCACUCAGUCUCACCGAGGCGACCCUAAUUCUGAGUCUUUAUAUUUUGAGGAUGAAGACAGAUUUCGGGAAUUAAAUGAGAAUGGAAAUGCUAAAGAUGAGAAUAUUCAACAGAAACUUUCUUCAAAAGUAUUGGAUGAUUUACCCGAAAACUCACCCAUCAACAUUGUGCAGACUCCUAUUCCUAUUACAACCUCCGUUCCGAAACGUGCAAAAAGCCAGAAGAAGAAGGCAUUAGCAGCAGCCCUUGCUACAGCUCAAGAAUAUUCUGAAAUAAGUAUGGAGCAAAAAAAACUACAGGAAGCUUUAUCAAAGGCCGCUGGAAAGAAGAAUAAAACACCUGUACAGCUAGAUUUGGGGGACAUGUUGGCAGCGUUGGAAAAGCAGCAGCAAGCCAUGAAAGCUAGGCAGAUUACUAAUACCAGGCCACUCUCUUACACAGUGGUCACUGCUGCUUCAUUUCAUAAUAAAGACUCUACUAACAGGAAACCUUUAGCCAAAGGUCAGCCCUGUUUGACGUCCUUUAAUUCUUUGGACAUUGCUUCCUCCUCUAAAGCGAAAAAGGGAAAAGAGAAGGACAUUGCAAAACUAAAACGGCCCACAGCACUUAAAAAGGUUAUUUUGAAAGAAAGAGAGGAAAAGAAGGGCCGUUUGACGGUGGACCACAAUCCUCUGGGAUCUGAGGAAGCAGUAGAAAUGCACUUAGAUUUUAUCGAUGAUUUGCCACAGGAAAUUGUUGUUUCCCAGGAAGAUGCUGGGCUGAGCAUGCCCAGUGAUACUUCGCUCUCUCCAGCAAGUCAGAACUCUCCGUACUGUAUGACGCCUGUGUCACAGGGCUCUCCGGCCAGUUCUGGGAUAGGGAGUCCAAUGGCAUCUUCAACAAUAACCAAAAUCCACAGCAAAAGAUUUAGAGAAUAUUGUAACCAGGUUCUUUGCAAAGAGAUUGAUGAAUGUGUGACUCUUCUUCUCCAAGAGCUUGUGAGUUUCCAGGAACGCAUUUACCAAAAGGAUCCCGUUAGAGCCAAAGCGAGGCGACGACUAGUUAUGGGCCUAAGAGAAGUUACUAAGCAUAUGAAGUUAAAUAAAAUCAAAUGUGUUAUAAUCUCUCCAAACUGUGAAAAAAUCCAGUCAAAAGGUGGUCUGGAUGAGGCUCUCUAUAACGUUAUAGCCAUGGCACGGGAGCAAGAAAUCCCUUUCGUGUUUGCUCUUGGAAGGAAAGCUCUUGGUCGCUGUGUGAACAAACUGGUUCCUGUUAGUGUGGUGGGAAUCUUCAACUACUUUGGUGCUGAGAGCCUGUUUAAUAAGUUGGUAGAACUCACUGAGGAAGCCAGAAAAGCAUAUAAAGAUAUGGUGGCAGCCAUGGAACAGGAACAGGCCGAGGAAGCCUUAAAGAAUGUAAAGAAGGUGCCACACCACAUGGGGCACUCUCGGAAUCCCUCUGCAGCGAGUGCCAUUUCCUUCUGCAGCGUGAUUUCUGAGCCCAUCUCUGAAGUCAAUGAAAAGGAGUAUGAAACAAAUUGGAGAAAUAUGGUGGAGACCUCUGAUGGCCUGGAAGCCUCCGAAAACGAGAAGGAGGUUUCCUGUCAGCACAACACCUCUGAGAAGCCCUGUAAGCUCCCCCUGGAACCGCCUGUCCUUGGGAAGCAGUCCACAGCAACAGGUGCAGGCAAUCCUCCUGCAGCCCCGAGCCUGGGCAGAGUGGCAGCCGGCGAGAAGGAGGACCCCAAGCCCGACGACCUGGAGUGGGCCUCGCAGCAGAGCACCGAGACGGGCUCUCUGGAUGGCAGUUGCCGAGAUCUCCUGAACUCCUCCAUCACCAGCACUACCAGCACGCUGGUGCCCGGCAUGCUGGAGGAGGAGGAGGACGAGGAGGAGGAGGAAGAGGAGGACUAUGUGCACGAACCCAUAGCUGUAGAAGUCCAGCUCACUAGUAGGAUUGAAUCAUGGGUCUCUGAGACCCAGAGGACGAUGGAAACUCUGCAGCUCGGGAAAACCCUCAGCGGGGCCGAGGAAGAUAACGCAGAGCAGAGUGGGGAAGAGGGAGCAGAGGCCGCGGAGGUGCCAGAGCCCGGGGCAGGGGCAGACAGCGAAACCUGGACCACUGGCCCUCCAGGCACCCAGGAGCCGCCCCACCCUCGCACCUGCAGCUCACCGAGCGAGGAGGGUCCCGAGUCUAGUCGUCUACCCCCCAGUGUGUGACUUGGGGCGCUCCAGCUCUCUCCCGCCCCUCUGCUAGAGUCGCAGCCACUGUCUUCUGUGCUUCAACUCAAUGUUUGCACUGUCCAGUAUUUAAUAUAUGUAUUUAAUUCCUGACAGAGAUAUUUUUGUAACUGUCUUUUACUUGUAAUGAUCGACAGCCUAACUUUUCCUUAGCAUCGACAUGUCUUUCUAAGAACUGUCAGAAAUUUAAAGUAGUUGAGCUUAUUUUGUAAAGGGAAAGAAUGACUAACAUGACUUUUGACUUGAAAUGCCUCUGUAGAGUCAUUUUGCAAGGUCAAGUUCUAAAAAGUGGAGCAAUUUUCAGUAUUUUUGUCAAGAUUCCACCUCCUUCAC